CCGGAGCCUACUCCCGUCGUCUCUGCUCUCUUCCCCGCCCCUGAGCAGCCACUCGUCGGCCCGAGUUGUGUCCUCCAUCGUUGUUCCUCAUCUGCAGUUUCAUGAUUACCGUACAUCCGAUGAUCCGCUUCCACUCGCCCUCGCGUGGUCUCCUUCUCCCCGACCUCUCGGUGCUCAGCAGGAGUGUGGCUCGCCACCGGCCCCGACGAGAGAGGUCAUCGCCCCGGUCAGCUCUGGCCGCCUCCACCACCACCUCUAGCCGUCGUCACCAUCCUCACCCCCGGCCACGACUUACAUCCCAGCUUAGGUCGUGUUCACCGACCACCAUGCCUUAUUCUUUCCAAUGUUCCUUAACCAAUGUUGGAGAUGGUGCCCAUCGACGCUGCUACCUUCGAAAAAUCGCCAUGGUAUGGAUUGACGACCACGGGGCGUGUUUCUUCCCUAUGCCAAAGAGUGGGAGGACGCAGAGCAGGGUCACCAAGCUGGAUGACGGGGCAUCAUCGGAGGCGGAGGAGAGGUCCAACGAGAGGUGUGACAUGGUGGGGUUCGGCAGGGUCAAUAAGAUGACCCACAGAGCUUGGCAAGACGGUGAGACAUGGCUGAAGGAGCGGAGCACAACUUCAGAAGGACGAACAGGCACAACGAAGGCUUACACAUUGUUGCCACCUCAAUGUCCUUACAUCAGGCUAGUUCAGGCUUUCGAAUUUGUGGUUUUGAUCAUUGGCAAGCAUGUAUAUAGUCGUACCAGAAUUCAUUAGACACGGUUACCAGUUGUGGAUUCGUUGCAAUAUUUUUGAUCUUAUCAAUAUAUUUGAUGUUCGUUCGUGUA